ACUAUGGAAGUCCCGCCUCUUAAACGUAGUGAUUAUAUUCUCUUUGGGUCUAUAUACCAAGCAAUAAACUCCAAAAAAAAAAUUACAAGAGAAAAGUCCGGUUUGUUGAUGAAAAAGAGAAUUCAAUAAUCAAUUUUAAUAAAGCUAUAGAAAACAGCAAUGGCCUUUAGUGAAGGUGAAGUUUGUAGAAUUUGUUUAAGCGUUAAUAUACGCAUGUUUGCACUAAAGGAGACUGGCCUCCAAAAUUUGUAUAAGACAUUGACGAACAGUUUUUUGGAUGAGAUUGAGGGGCCAAUAAUUGUCUGUUUCACCUGUCAUGCAAGACUCAUUCGUUGCAGAAGAUUACAACAACAGGCUAUUGAGUCAAAUGUGGUUCUGGAGCAGUUGCUUUCAGGAGGAUCCAUGGUAUUAUCCAUUCCAUCUAUUAAAACCUAUAAAAGUCCACUGCUGAACAUAGGUCUCACUCAUAGAUUGCUUCAUAGGAGGGAUUUAACCAAAUUUGCCACACUUGGCAAGUUGGCAACCGUAGUUUAUAUUAGUCUAAGUUGUCAUCAGGAAGAUGCGGCCGCCCUACCUCUGUUUCUGUUUCCUUCUGUUGCCAUCCCAUGGAUAGGUAUAUGGGAUAGUGCAGGGGUCGGCAACCUGCAGCUCGCGAGCCACAUGCGGCUCUUUGGAUGUGAAGCUCUUUAGUUUCAUACGCAAAUAUUAUUUAUUUUAUAAAAAAAAAUUAUAAAUCGAUCCAUAUGAUCCAUCAUCAAUUUAAAAAGUAAAGCUUUGUGGAGUUGAAAAUUUACAGAGUUGAUAAGGAAGUUGAAAAAGUCGGAGGUCCAGAAAUGUAUGUACGUAACGCAACAAAAAUGAACAGCUUUAAAAGAAAGGCUGCGAGUUGAAUUAUAUUUGACGCAUGGAAUAGUCUUCCAGAUUGCUAUAGUGAGGUGAAGAAGUUGGCAUUUGGAGUGCUGACUAUCUUCGGAUCGACAUAUUCGUGCGAGCAAGCGUUCUCUUGCAUGAAUAUAAUUAAAAGUAAAGUAAGAAGCCAACUAACAAAUGAAAAUUCAGAUUCGUUUUUGAAACUUAAAACAACAAGUUAUGAGCCAAAUUUAUCCAAACUUUCUAAAACUAUGCAAAGCCAAAACUCGCAUUGAAUUUGUUUGCUCAAUUGUUUGUACUUGAAAUAUAAGUAAGUGUUGUAAGACUUACAAUGUAAAUAAAUGUUUAUUUACAGAUAUCCUGAAUCUGAAUCCAAAAGUUGUUGAGACUCGAUUCUCGGGAUAGAUGAACUAUGUACAUUCUUAUUUAAGUUUACGCUGAACCCUCACUUUUGUUCGGUGUUUAUUAUUAUUUGAAGUUGUUGUCAGGAAGAUGCUGCCCCCCGAUCUCCUGUUUCAGUUUCCCUCUGCCCCUUUUUACGACAUCUGUGGGAUGGCAGGGGGUGGUAUGGGUUCUCCUACUCCACCACUAUAGUGGCUUUUUCUCUUAUUUGAAAAAAUUAUUUCCUUUCAGUCAAUACCAAAACCGCAUAAGGUUAGAGGUGAGAUUAAAUUCACACCAAUUUAUCAUAUAGAUAUCUGGCCUGUACAGUGUGAUAUAGACAAUGAUUGCAAGGACGAAAUUUUUUGCCUUGAUGCCGUUAAAGUUGAGGAAGAGAUUUUCGAAUAUGAGAAUUCCAAAUUUGAAGAAAAUGAGAAUCAUGAAACAGGUAAGAUAUACCCGUUUUCUUGAUAUUAUUAAAAUAAGGUAAAAUUUACCUUAUGGCAAGUAGUUACUGUAGCCCGUAGACACAAAAUAAAGAGGGCUUCAUGUGUAAUGUACUGAUUUACUGAUUUGCCUUUGUCUAAAUUCAAAGUGCAUGUCAAAGGCACAAAGAUACAUACUGGUAAGCAACAAAUUAUCUUUGCCAUCUUCUUAGUGCCAGUACUAGGUGGUGUGACUCCAUGUUUGAGUUGAUCUAUUUGUGCCUGCCCAGAUGGACUCCUCCCUUCUCUUCUUACCUAUUUCUGCCGUCAAAUAGCAGUGUGUGCACUGCUGUGUUCUAUUCUGAUGGUAUAGAGUCAGAAUAAUCACAGGCUGUGUGUCAUUUCAUUUUAGUUGUGGUAGAGCCAUGCUGCAGCUAUAUUAGUAGUAUAGUUAUAGCACGAAUGGGUUGGCUCGACCAGGGAAGGAUCACGCUCUCACAGAAUACCAGCGUGAAAUAGCAGCUUAACACUGCUGUGUUUCGUAGGGUGAUUGUAGAGAACCGGAUACCCUUUUUACUGGAAAAGAGGCAUUCCAUCGUAGUCCUCAUGGGUGACAAUGCAUCUGCAUUUUGAUUCUUUAUUGAGGACAGAUGUAGUUUUCUAUGGGACACAGUGACCAUUUACCAUCGUGUGGACUGUGUGCUCGUUUGUCACCCUAUCCUAUAAAAAUUAAAAUGAAAAGAUGUGCGCAUUGCAUCAUUAAAUCUUCAUCAUUACAGCCUUCACAAGUCCACUGCUGAACAUAGGUCUCAGCCACGGAAUGCCACAAAACACAGGAAUCCAUCGCCUUCCUGCAUUUCUUACCAGGUCGUCAUUCCAUCUAAUGGAGGGCCGCCCUACACAUUGUUUACUGGUACGAGGCUGCCACUCGUAAAACUUCCUCAUUCAUUGUCAUUUCUGCGAGCUAUAUGGCCGGAAUUUCAAAUUUCAAAGAAUUAUUUCAAUAUUUGAAACCAUGAUGUUGAAAGUAACUACAACAGAAGUGAGACGACGGGCCCGUGCUUGUGUUAGUAAUCGCAUCAAUUAUUUUGAGUAUCAACAAAUAAAUAAUUAGAAUUUUUAUUAGUCUGCCUAAAAAUUUAAAUUUUCUACCUCAAUCGGGUUUUAGGAGACAAUUGAAAAAUUUGUAACAAAUGCGUGUAAGUUAUACCUCAAAUGAAAGAGUAAUAACCAAGUAUGUUUUCAAAAAGGUUGUAACAAUAAAUUAAAGUACCAUCAGUUUUUUUUUAACGUAGUGUCAAAAAUGUUAAUUAUGUUUCUUUAAAUCGUAGAAAUUUUCGUGAACUUAGUGUCUGUACAAAAAUAUGUCUGAAGACACAGAUGCUGAGACUAUGUUUUCUUAGAUUUCUUAUUCAUUACUUAAAUUAAAAAAAAACAGAUGUUAAUUAAAUUGGCAAUUAUUAGCAAUUAACUGUAAAAAUUUUAGUUUUAUCACCAAAAACAAAAAGUAUAGUCAGACUGUCCAAAAUAAUUAUGGCCUAAAUGAUCUUCUUCAAUCAACAAGUCAAUCUUCCAAUCAUUCUGUAUAAUGCUUGUCCCGUGUGCGAUUCGAAGCAUCUAUUAUUAGAUUAAUGUAGGUAAUUGUAACAUGGUGAGAAGAACGUCAUCAUUAUCAUUCGAAUUUAGUUUGUCUACCAUUCUUUCCCUCCAAAAAUGAAUAUGAGAGACAUUAUUAAAAGUAAAAUACUUUAUAUCUAGCAACAUUGUAUAAUUAUGUAAUUUUAUAAUUUAUCUAUUUCUCCCUGGUUGACUGAUAGAGAAUGUGUUUAAGGUGUCUUACAAUAAAAAGUUUUACUUAUAAUAAAUUAAAUGUUCAAUUCGCGUGUAUUUCAGAACCAUACAUCAUACCGACAAAUCAUUUUUCAAAAGCGUCUGAGAGCAAGAUUAAAUCAAAUUCUACUGAUUGUAACAUAAACGAUGUUCGUAAAGGAAACCUCGAUUUAGAAAGCCCUACUAUUAAAUCAAAGCCUAAAGUCAAAAAAGAUAAUCAACCAAUU